GAGGACAGCUUCCCUUAGUCCCCAAGCAGUGAUUGUCUGACUGUGUGUCAGUAUACAUCUCCGGUGCCCUCUUCCUCCAGUCACCAACCACGGACUGAGGCCAGGAUCCCCUGUUCCCAGCCCCCACCUCUGCCUCCCUCUGUCCCGGUCUCCCAGUGCACCCCUCAGACGCCGGGAGCGGCCGGCCGCAUUUCCGUACCACACAGGAUCUUGGCUUGAAAGAGUGAUAAAAAAAAAAGUAAAAAAUGGGAGCCGGAGGUAGUGUCGAAGACAAGGCAAUAGCCGCAAAGUCCAAGGAGCUGGAAAAGCAGCUGGCGGAGGAUGCGGACAAAGAAUCCAAGACAGUCAAGCUUCUGCUGCUUGGUGCUGGUGAGUCUGGGAAGAGCACAAUUGUUAAGCAGAUGAAAAUUCUCCAUCAAGGUGGUUAUACCAAAGAAGAACAAUUGGAGUUCAGGGCGAUCAUCUAUGGUAACAUCCUGCAGUCUGCUCUGGCCAUCAUCAGAGGCAUGGAGAUGCUGGCCAUUGACUUUGGAUCACCAAAAGGAAGUGAAGACGGGCAGAAGCUGUCCAACCUGUCAGACUCCAUUGAAGAGGGCUCCAUGCCCCCUGAGCUGGCUGAUGUCAUCAAGAGGCUGUGGAGUGACAGUGGUGUCCAGGCCUCCUUCGAGAGAGCAGCCGAGUAUCAGCUCAAUGACUCUGCUGGCUACUACCUUGGAGAAUUGGACAGAAUCACAAAACCUGAUUACCUGCCCAAUGAGCAGGACGUGCUGCGUUCUCGAGUCAAGACAACCGGUAUCAUCGAGGAGCAGUUCUCCUGCAAAGAGCUGCAUUUCAGGAUGUUUGAUGUGGGCGGCCAGCGGUCGGAGAGAAAGAAGUGGAUCCAUUGUUUCGAGGGUGUAACCUGCAUCAUCUUCUGCGGAGCCCUCAGUGCUUAUGACAUGGUGCUCGUAGAGGACGAUGAAGUGAACCGUAUGCAUGAGUCUCUCCACUUGUUCAACAGUAUCUGCAACCACAGGUUCUUCGCCACCACCUCCAUUGUGCUCUUCCUCAACAAGAAGGAUCUUUUUGAAGAGAAGAUCAAAAAGGUCCACCUCAGCAUCUGCUUCCCAGACUACGAUGGCCCCAACACGUAUGAUGAUGCCAGCGACUACAUCAAGAAGCAGUUUGAGGAGCUGAACAUGAAGAAGGGUGUCAAAGAAAUCUAUUCCCACUUGACCUGCGCCACGGAUACAAAGAAUGUGGAGAUUGUGUUCGGAGCCGUGACAGACAUCAUUAUCAAAGAGAACCUAAAAUCUUGCGGUCUGUUCUAAGCAGAUACACAAAGAGAUUGUAUUUUUCCCCUCUUCCCUUCACUUGGAUUCAUGUUGAAGUUGAACAGUAGGAACAGAAGGCACAACAGAAGGCUUUGUAAUGUCAUAAGACUCUUCAAUUCUACACUAUCCCUUCAUUCCUAACUCCCAACACCCUAAAUUAUGGGUAAUGAAGGCAAAUACUAAGAAAACAGCCCCAAACUUACUCCAAAGGGAGUCAACACACAUGUCCAACAAAUCGAACAAAGAUGGCAACAUGUUCCUCACGGAGACAAUGUGGAUGAUGUCCUUUAGAUGGAAAUGUGGAUAAGAAGUCAGAAGAACAACCGAAUGAACACGUUUGAUAUAGGUACUUUAUUAGAUAUUCUGGGGUUAUUUCUGGCUCUUAAAUGGUUUGUGUUGAAGUGUAGAAAGCUGCUCAUGGAAUCCAAUUGAUAAACUUAUGAAAGGAUACAUUUUGAAGUGAUCCAUCUUACUCAACAUGGUCAGAGUGAAGUCCUUUCCAAUUACACUGUUCUUGCCCAAUGAUUUUUAAUGUUUAUAUCUAGUUCUGUUUGGAUAUGCUUACUGUUUCGCACCAGAUGUAACACAGUAAAAAGUUAUUCAGCUCAUUUCAAUCAGCGAGUUCAAAUAGCUGAAAUGUAAGAAAAAAGUACCAUCAAAACAAGUUAGCAAUGUAUUUUGUAAAUAGGAGACCUUAAACAUUAAUAUUCGAAUACGUUAUGAAAAUGUUCAACAUCAGUGACAUGUUUAGUGAUGUGCAUGUAUAUUCCAUUUUGACUACUGACAAAUGAACCUGUAACUGACCGGUCUUGUGAAAGAUAAACAUUCAAAAUAAAAAUGUAUACAUAGCAAUUGCCAUUUCUGCAUGUCAUCAUUCUUUGUAUUUUUUUUUACAAAGAUAUGUGAUGUGACCUUUAGGUCAUACAAAGUUGAUUUACUGUUUAAAGGAAUACUUUUUUUUUAAAUGUGAGGUGAGCGAGCAAAUAAAAAUAUGAACAUGUAAAAUACAAUUUCAACCCCUUGUAAAAAAAACUAAACAUUAUUAAUGCAAACACCUUACCAAGACAUUUUUGCCUUUUUGUAUAAUGGUUUUGAAAUUCACACUCACAGGGACCACAGUUUGAGUCCUGGUUAGGGUCCCCCUCUAAUGAACUACAUUGAUGUUAAGUUUUGUAGCCACAUAAUGAAUGCUCGACUUGGACUGUUACCAUUUAGGUGCAGGAUACCUACAAUACUAUUGAACUAAAAUGCUAUAAAGACGAACAAGAGCUCAAGCAUUAGAACAUUUGAGGUGCUGGUACUCAGCUCAGCUCCGGUGAGCUCCUGUCCAAGUCAAGCACAUAAUCCAAAAGGAAGGCUACAGGUCAUCUUUUUCCUAAAAUUACUGUUUGCGAUUUACAAAUGAUUACUUUGAUUAACCACGCUUCAACCGAAUCGAAUACUACAAGGGCAAAGUGAAUAAUUUAAAAUAUUAAAUUCAUAUGAAUCACAAUUUUAUAUGUAUUUAACCUUUAUUUAACUAGGCAAGUCAGUUAAGAAAUUAUUAUUUACAACGACGGCCUACCCCGGCCAAACCCUCCUCUACCCCGGCCAAACCCUCCCCUACCCCGGCCAACGCUGGGCUAAUUGUGUGCCACCCUAUGGGACUCCCAAUCACGGCCGGAUGUGAUACAGCCUGGAUUCGAACCAGGGACUGUAGUAACGAGUUUAGCACUGAGAUACAGUGCCUUAGACCGCUGCACCACUCGGGAGCCCAAUUGUCCCGUCAAAAAAACAUUUGGGGAUGAAAUGUGAAACGGGGCAUCCAUUAAACAAUAAAUUAACUUUGUUAGGCCUAAGAUUUAAAUGUGUGUUGUAUGACAUUGCAGGUGGUGUUGUCAACCACUGACUCAUAUAACCUUGUGGAGAGAUAUACAAUGCAAACAAACAUUUCUAUGACACUAUAUGAUAAUUACUGGUAUAAUAAGUCAAGUCUUUUACAAUCUUAUGAUUGUAAUUGACACUAUUGAAUAAUUAAAAAGACAAGUUUGGACCACAUUCCAUUUUAAUGCAAGAAGGAACAUUCAGUGUGUUCAAUUUAGACAACUGUUCAAAUGUCCAAAUAGCAAUUGUUUUUUGCUUGCUUAUAUAUUUUGUAGGUUAACUAUGUAUUUUUAUUAAUGUUUUUUGUAACUUUCUACAGAAGCCCAGAGGACAUAUGAAUAAAAAUACAAUUCCCUCCUUAUGCCGAGAUCAUGACUUAUGUAUUUAUCUCAUGAUUUCUACAUAACAAAAGUUGUUUUGUCGAGAUCACCAAAAGUAGCACACAUCAUCCAUUCAUAUGUGCAGAUGCACGAUAGCCACCUUAUCAAAGAGCCCUGUGGCUGCGUUGAAGGUAAUGCGGGGCAUUUAAGCCCUGAAUGCUGCCUGACAGGCAGCGUCGUCGUCUCCCAGGCUGCGUUCCGCCCCGAAGACCACAGCCAAUCUCAUGCAAGGAACAACGCAACUAACUAGGUUAGUCUUGAGCUCACUAGUUAGCUAGGUAGUCCUGUUAGCUAGCUAGCUAACUUGUUAUAUUGCAUAACUGAUGUGUAUAAUUAUAAAAAGGUAAAUUAAUAUAACAUUUACAGUGAGUGAUGUCCAUUCCUGACAGGCUGAUCAGAUUCAAUUUCAGCCUUUGAAUCUCAUCAGCCUGUCAGCAUUAGAGCUCACCCACUUUGUAAAUGUAAAUAUUAUCCAUAAAACAAAGUGCCCCUUACAAUACACAUAUCAGUUAUGCAAGCUAACAACCAGCAUAGAUAACAAGACUACCUAGCUAACUCGCUCACAAGACUAGCCAAGUUAGCUGCGUUGUUGCUUGCAUGCGAUUGGCUGUGGUCUUUGAUGUGGCAUACAGCCUGGGAGACAGAGGUGCCCGUCAGGCAUCGUUCAGGGCUUAAACGCACCACGAGGGCUUAGCUGCCACAUGUGCUUUUAGCUCAAGGUAACAUAGAAUGUUAUCAAGCUAACUUAUAAACGGAUAAUGAGCUCAAAACACAAAUGAAAGCAUGAGGUUAGUAUUAAAUGUACCAUCCCUUAGUGUAGCAAUCAAUAAAAACAUAUGUGCUGAUCCACUGUGGGCUCUGCCACCCCAGUCAUACUGUUAAUCAAUACGUCUACUCCUAUUUAUAUAGUUUCUCGUGAUCUCAACAAAACAACUUGUGAUCGACAUGAGGGAUUUGUUUUUUUAUAUUCAUAUGUCCUCUGGACUUCUGUAACUUUCCCCAGGCAUUUGCUAUAAAUAAGAAGAUAUUUUCAGUCAACUCACCUGGUAAAAUAAAAACAAAAGCAUGUUUUCAAAAGGAGGAGCAUUUAAAAUGGCUUCCAGGCAAAUACUUUUAGCUUAUAUUAAGGCCAUUGUCUUCAGCGAAAGGCCAUAAUAAUCUUUAUACAAAAUAGUUAUAUCCAAAAUAACAUAAUACAAGUUAAGGCAACCAUUAAAAAACGCUUUUUCUUUCAAAGUGGUUUUAAAACAUCAAGUGAUGUUUUACAGUCCACUAAGAGCUAUUAUAAUACUUCAGUGUUAUGUAACGAUCUGAAUGGUGAUAUAUUAAAACAAAUCAGAAUUCAGCACAUUAAAAUCCCCACGAGAAUACUGAUUAACACUUGUGGACACAAUUCCACAACAACAAUUUAGGUUGAGCAAUGACCAUUUACACGAAG